CACAUGGAAGGAAAAUCAGCAGGAACACUAAGACGUUCAAUUUAUGAUGUUGCCCAUGGAGACAGUCCUUGCUGCCAAAUGAAAAGCAACGUGCUUCAUGAAAAUUCUACCAACCUCUGAAGUCUCGUCUCUUAGCUCCAAGGAUGGCAAGGCAGAUGUGAAGUCUCUCAUGGCGAAGUUCAACACCGUGGGCAACCCGACGGAGGACGCCUCGGCCCCCAGCCGGCCCUUCAAAGUCACCGGGCAGAACUCCCCGUCAGGAGUUCAGGCCAGAAAGAACCUGUUCAACAACCAGGGAAAUGCCAGCCCUCCAGCGGGCUCCAGCGGCGUGCCCAAGUUUGGGUCCCCAAAGCCACCUUUGGGGGCGAAACCUUCUCCCGAGGAGAAGCCGGAGCUGGAGCCCAAGCCCCCGUUUCCAAAGCCCGCAGGAGUGGGCCCCAGAUUUGGAUCACCGGCCGCCUCGGCCACCAGAGACCCUGAGGUGAAAGCGGGCUUUCCGAGACCUGUAGGCCCCAAGCCCGCCAACCUGCCCAGAGAAGAUUCCAAACCCGCGUUUCCCCGGCCUCCUGGCAAUAAACCUUCGCUCCACAGUGCAAACCAAGACCACGACUUGAGGCCACCGGGUCUGAAGCCCAAGUUUAAUCCUCCAACCCAGGAAAGUGAGCAGAAGCCAGCGUUCCCCAAGUUGCCUGGGGUUCAGGGCAAAUUUGCGUCAGCCUCGCAAGACCAUGACUCCAAGCCCCUCUUCCCCAAGCCCGCCUUUGGCCCCAAGCCAUCCCUGAGUCUUGAUGACCCCCACGAAGCCGAGGGCCCCACGAAGAGCGCGUCUCCCCAGCGAGGCCCCGCGGCCCCCUCCGGAGUCAGGUUCAAAACCGGCUCCGUAAAACCAGCAAGGGAAGAGCCAGAAAAUAAAGACCAUGGAGGCGAGACGUCAAGCUCCCCUUUCCCUGGGGUCGUUCUGAAGCCAGCUGCAAGCAGGGGAGCCCCAGGCCUCUCCAAGAAGCCUGAAGACAAGAAAGAAGAGAGGAAGGUGGAUGCUGCUAAGAACGCGUUCCUGAGCAAAGUGAACCAGGAGGAGCCCGCCCCCGGGGCUCCUGCCCCGUUCCCUAAGAGGCCUUCUAAGGUGACGAUGGCAGGGCCCUGGGCCCAGAGCCAGGAAAAGGGGGGAGACAAGAGUUCUGCACCCCCCAAGCAGAAGCCCCUGCCACCUUUGUUCGUCCUAGGCCCUCCUCCACCAAAACCCAGCAGACCACCCAACGUGGACCUGACGAAAUUCCGAAAAGCUCCUUCUGGAAACAGCACGGGCAAAGGCCAAACGCCUUACUCGGCAACCUCCCUACCACUGCCGCCACCACCCCAUCCGGCCAGCCAACCGCCGUUGCCAGCUUCUCACCCAGCCCCGCCGCCAGUCCCAAGUCUACCUCCCAGAAACAUUAAACCUCCUCUAGAUCUGAAAAGCCCUGUCAAUGAAGAAAAUCAAGAUGGUGUCAUGCACUUUGAUGGUAAGGGGCAAAAAGAUGAAGAAAGUGAUGGAGAAACAUAUGAAGACAUAGAAGCAUCCAAGGAGCGAGAGAAGCGGAGGGAAAAGGAGGAGAAGAAGAGGCUGGAGCUGGAGAGGAAGGAGCAGAAGGAGCGAGAGAAGAAAGAGCAGGAGAUCAAGAAGAAGUUUAAACUAACAGGCCCCGUCGAAGUCCUCCAUCAAGCCCGAGCUUGCUGCGACGUCAAGGGCGGGAAGAACGAGCUGAGCGUCAAGCAAGGAGAGCAAAUCGAAAUAAUCCGCAUCACCGACAACCCCGAGGGGAAAUGGUUGGGCAGAACCACCAGGGGGUCAUAUGGCUAUAUUAAAACAACUGCGGUACAGAUCGACUACGAUUCCCUGAAACGGAAGAAAACCUCUCUCGGUCCUAUUCCAUCAAGACCUGCCGAAGACGACCAAGAAGUUUACGAUGAUGUUGCAGAGCAAGACGAGGUCAGCAGCCACAGUCAGAGUGGAAGUGGAGGGAUGUUCCCACCUCCUCCGGAUGAUAUUUAUGAUGGGAUCGAAGAGGAAGAGGCUGAUGAUGGCUCCACACCACAGGGUGAAGAGAAGAGUAACUCGUGGUCCUGGGGGAUUUUGAAGAUUUUAAAGGGAAAAGAUGACAAAAAGAAAAGUAUACGAGAGAAACCUAAAGACUCUGAGUCAGACAAUAAUGAAGGUUCAUCUUUCCCUUCUCCUCCUAAACAACUGGAAGCGGGAGAGGAAGUCUACGACGACGUGGAUGCCUCGGACUACCCCGCUCCUGCAGCAGAGAUGAGUCAAGGAUCCAAGGCCAAAACAGAAGAGAAAGACCCUAAGAAGCUAAAAAAGCAGGAAAAAGAAGAAAAAGACUUCAGGAAAAAAUUUAAAUAUGAUGGUGAAAUUAGGGUCCUAUAUUCAACCACGGUCGAUCCAUCAUUAACUUCUAAAAAGUGGGGGAACAGAGAGCUACAGGUGAAGCCUGGUGAAUCUCUUGAAGUGAUACAGAACACCGACGAUACGAAAGUCCUCUGCAGGAAUGAGGAAGGCAAAUAUGGUUAUGUCCUUCGGAGUUACUUGGUGGACAAUGAUGGAGAGAUCUAUGAUGACAUUGCUGAUGGUAAGUCUCCCAUGGCACUGAGCACAGAGGACAGACAGUGAGUCCACUGCUCUUACAAAUACUAAAAAUCACUUGCUGAUUAAUUAGAACUUUCCAAUCUGAUCAGAAUUUGAGUCACUUGAAAGUGUUAGAAAAGAUAAAUGCACUCAUAUAAUGAAAAAAAUUAUUUUUGCACAUAACUGGACAUCAAGGAAGGAUCUCAUUUAUUUUCUUUGGA